AUGGCAGAGACGUGGGAAGACCGCGGCAUAGGCGAAACCGCAAACGCUGCUGCUCAGUUCCCCGGCCAAGAAUUACUCGAAUCGCUCAGCAAGAGACAGGGCCAUUGGUCAGGCAAGGGCCAGUGUGCCUCAUUUAAGUCCAAGCCCAAAGCCAACGACCCCAAAGUUAACGAUUUGCUGAAGAGACUGGAAGACAAGGGAGUAGGGGCGUUUGGCAAAGUGUCGAAAUCCAAAUUAUGCGUCGACGGCCGAGAUACUGUCGUCGCGACCAAGGAAAUCGGACAUUGCCCAAAAGACAUCAUCGCCAAGGAGAUUGAUAUCCUCAAACAUCUCCAGCACCGACACUUGGUUACUUUCAUUGGGUCAUACACCAUCUCGACCAGCACGACAAUCAUCAUCUAUCCUUGCGCCAGCUGCGAUCUGAAGGAGCUCCUCGAGACGCUGAACAAGGCACAGCACGAUGGCCUCCGGGAUGAAGCAACCAACCAGCUUAGAAAGCUGGGAUGGGCCGCGGGUGAUUGGGAACCGGCCGCCAUACAUUCUCAACUUCGUCGAAUCUGCGGCUGCAUCGCCAGCGGCCUGCUGUAUCUCGAGCAGAAGAAAAUCCGACACAAGGACAUCAAGCCCUCCAACAUCCUCAUUGAUUCUAGAGCGGCAUACAUUACCGACUUCAACGUCUCGGGAAACUACCAUGGCAAAGAUUCGACGCGAACCUGCGGCCCGUUCACCGGCACGCAGUGGUACAGCGCCCCGGAGUCUUUGCUUGGCGAGGAACGCGGGUCGCCUGCAGACGUCUACUCUUUGGGCCUUGUUUUCCUCGAGAUCUUUGCCUACAUCACUGGCCACUCUUUAGGCCGCAUGAGAGCCGACUAUACGAUUGACAGCGGCCGUGCCCCCGAAGGUCUCCCGUCCGAGGAGCAGGUGCAGCGGAAUGCCAACCUGAAAAUCAUGCUGGUGACGCUCAGCUUCCAUGAAUCUGGGAAGGAGAACCACGCCAUGCGCGAUUUGAUUCUUGGCAUGAUCAGCAAGAACGAAAGAGACCGACCGCACGCGUUUGAAGUCAUCACCGAGCUGUGGGCGAUCAGUCCAGAUGGACAGUUCUUCUGCCGCAGCUGUCACGAGCACAAGGACUGCUUCGGAUACAAAGGCUUGCUGAAGCGGCACAAGUUGCUCCAAGACAAGUACAAAAGGUUGCGGGGAGAAAUUCGGCAGCAAGAACUGGGCGCCGCCUCUCACAGCAGCAAUGUCCCGCAACUUCAAGUGCAGACAGCAUCGUCCUUAACUCGCCAAUCCCCCAAAUCGCCCUCAUCCGGACGACGGACGCCCUCCAGCAACGACAUUGCAUCUCAGCCCCCGCCGCCCCCAGCACGGCAGAGCGAGCUCGCCGGUCCAUCCAAAGAAACUCACGGCUGCGACUUUGACGAGGACAUGCAUCAAUUGGAUACGGUUCCAGUAUUGGAUACGGACAUACAUGACUGA